UCCAAACUUCCCCAUUACCUCAAUGUCAACGUCGGAAAGCGUUCUGGUCGCACAAACCACAGUUUCUGCAUCAAGGUGACAUUAAUUUGGCAGACACGAACACCAACGUUCCCGAUAAAGACUCCACAUCGCAAACCAUGGCCGACGGCACGAAGGACAGCACGAAGGAUAAGUGGACCACAGACGUCACUAACAAGAUGCUCUUCACGAUCCUGUCACAGAACAACCCGGAUCUCUCCGUCUCCGGUUGGAAGGACAUCAUCGACAAGAUGAACAUGGGAGUCCCAUCUGGUACCUACACCGGGCCUGCUCUCAAGCAGCAGUACGGCAAGCUCAGAAAGCAGUUUCUUGACGCCAACCCCGGCAUGCCUGCUACUGGUGAGGAUUCGAAGACCACCGCCACCCUCGGCCCCGAGAAGCGCGCCCGCAAGACCGUUGACAACGGCGAUGAUGAUGGCGACGAGGCCAAAAAUGAAGAUGGCGAGGGAUUUCAGCCUAAGAAGAAGAGAAAGGUUCUUCUUACUAAGGCCACGGGCAAGGAGGACGGUGACGGAGAUGAUUCCAAAGAUGAUGCCAAAGACGAGGACGUCGAGGUUGAGGAAGAGAAGCCCAAGAAGAAGGUGGCUGCUCGCAAACCCCGCGCUACCAAGGCCAAGAAGGAGGUCAAGUCCGAGGAGCAGGUUAAGGAUGAGGUGGCCAUUAAUGAUGAUGCUGAGAUGGAUGUUUAAAUGGCAUGCGUGGUCAGCUGUGUCCAUCUUUCUGAAGCACAGCUGGGUCAACAAGUUGACAUGAAGAAGAGGGUAUCAUGAUGAUCAUAUUGGGGAUCGUUGAAGAUAUUAAGGCUGUUGAGGUCGGAUUAACUUGCUUUUCACGACACUAAGAACACUUCUCAGUGAGAGAGUAUCAAUGAUAACAUGCACAUACAUCAUCCGUGUUAUUUCCAC